GAAGUAUAGAAAUAUAAAGCUGUAAGUAAUUUCAAUAAAGGAAAGAGGCAAAGGCGAAUUCGUGAAGAAUUAGCUUUGCUGAUGAGAGCUGAUUCUAUAGCAUCAUCUAUAAAGCGUCAGAGAUUCACAACCGUUGAUCAAAUGGAGUUGGAAUCAGCUAAGAUGAAGCUUGCAGCUGCAAAAGAAAAGUUUGGACGUGAAAUCCGCGUAUUUGAAACAGCACCAGCUUCUUCAACGGCUUCUGAUGUUUCCAGCAACGUGUCAGAGGAGCCAGAAGACUUCUAUGAGUUCACACCGGAGGAUUAUUAUAGACUUUUGGGAACAAAAAAAGAAGAAAAGCACUUGAAGACAAAGAAAAUUCGCGAGGAAGAAGAAGCUGCACGCAAAGCAAGGAUAACAGCAAGGAUAACUAAGGCAGUAAUCAGAGUACGCUUUCCGGAUAAUUACACAUUGGAGGCCACAUUUCACCCAUCAGAGACAAUCCAGAGCUUACUUGACCUUCUUAUGAAAGUGAUCACUCACCCGGAACUGCCUUUCUAUAUCUAUACUACUCCUCCUAAGAAGCAAAUAAAAGAUGCAUCUCAGGAUUUCUAUUCUGCUGGAUUUAUUCCUGGUGCUAUUGUCUAUUUCUCUUACGAUCUACCCAAAGGUGAUGACGGCGCUGCAGCAUCUGGGCCCUACCUUCAAGAAGUGGUCAUGUCUUUGCUAGGAUUGGAUACUAUGAUAGACAAGGAGGAACCUGGUGAACCUAGCAGAGAUGAACCUCCAAAAAGCGACCCCCCUACUUCAGUACCAGAUCAAAAGCCUGCUGCUGAUAAGAAGAAAAUUAAGCCAAAGUGGUUGAAAUUGUAAUAUGGUUCAUUUCAGGGUUAUGAUCAUAGUCUACUCUAAUCAAGUGUUAUCUGUAAUCCUUGUUGGUUCUGUAAUCAGUUGUCACUAGAAGCUAAGACGUAUGUUAUGUACAUGGUCCUCUUUGCUUCAAAAUGGAUAGUCACUUUCUGGAGUUGUAUGCCAAAAGAGGAGGUUGGAACUUGGAGAUAUGUUGUUCCUCAUUCAAAUAUAGAUUGAAAAUGAACUUCAGAUAUUUCUUUGCUUGAUCUGUCGAUAACCAAAUGUAAGGAUUUACAAUGUAUAAGUAAAUUUGAGCUUCUGCUUCAGGUCUUGCUUCA